GGGACGACGUCAGCUUCUGCUUAUGUUUUGUCUAAGACUGUCUGACUGUACAAUACCUUGAAUAAGCGUCGUGAUAAUCAUCCAAUUCUUCAUCAAUUCGAGGCCCUAAAAUUUUGGUAUUUUAUAGUUAACUACCUAGGUAAAGUAUAGAAAAGUGGCUCGCGAGUGUCUGCUUGUUGGAGGUAAAGUCCGGUUGCCGUAUGCGCCGGCGUCCGCGCGGUGCCAUAGUCUGACUGACUCGUCGACUGCGCAUCACCACGGUAUCCGUUCGCAUACUAAAACACCAUGAUCGAGCCAUCCGAAAGACUACGACGAGCAGUCCAUAGCAAUGACGCCUCGCUCGUUCGCCGCAUUGUGAAAUCUCACCCAGGUAUAAUUCAUAACCCAGACCAUUCCGCAACCGGUCUCUCGAAUUCGAGCCUCCACCUUGCUGCCAGCCUUGGACACCUCCAGGUAUGCAAGGUCUUAGUUACUCUCGGUCACGAGCUUCCUACACCCGCUUUGAACGAUGACCAUCAAACGGCCUUGAUGCUGGCCGCUGCCGCGGGUCAUACGGAAGUCGUCUUGUUUCUCGCCGAGAGCGAUCCUACAUCCAUCCUCCGACGGGAUAUCCGAGGUAGGGAUGCUAUCAUGGAAGCUAGCAUGGGAGGUCAUGAUACGGUACUGCAGAUUCUACUCACGUACGUGCCCGGAGGGGCGCAAAGUGCCGUCCAAAAUGCGGAUCUUGACGGGAAUACCGCUCUACAUUUCGCUAGUAGCAACGGUAACCUCCUCGUUUUACGGACUCUGCUUGCUGCAGGGGCCGACCCCGAGAAAAGAAAUGUUUGGAGUUGGACCGCCAUCGCCUACAGCGCAACCGUACAAGCUGAAGUCUACCUUAAAGGACUUGUGUCUGAGGUUGAGAAGCGACGGCGGAUUAAGAAUGAGGUAGAGGGAGGGAGGAAGGGAGGUGCCGUCCGAAUGGUCGAAGAAGAAAUCAAUGUGGUAGACUGAAGUUAAGACUUGGCACGACUACAUAUUGACGAAGUAUCUACUCGCACGGCCUGUCGGUACUAUUUCCCACGAUGUUUCACGACGCUUAGCUGGAGAAUCGAUUCUCUCGCCUCUACACGCACUAUGGAAUCGCCUUCCUCCCCUGUUUCUGCACGCAUUUUGGACGAGUUGGCAAACUUCUAAUAAGUCCUAAGUUUGUGCUACCACUGGACCUGGUGUUCGGAUUAAUUUUUGACAAGGUCUGCGAAAACGGUGCUUGUGGCACGAAGAUGAUAUCAUGCAAACGACCUUGUCCCUAGUGACCAACCCUCACAGUG